GAACAAACACAUGAUUCUCUUGCAAGGCUGCCAGUGCAAGUUUCAACUCGCUGUUCAGUUUGCAAUUGCUGUGAAUCGUGUUUAGCAUGGCGCCAAGCCCUAGCUGGGAUCUGGAACGGCUUCAUUCAGCAAGGGAGAUGGCACUCAUAUCAGAAGGGAAAAUGGAGCUAAUGAAUACAACAAUGCUACAAACAACCGGGAGCAAUGCUGACGUUUUUGCCACCAGAUGAUCCAGUGGAAGCUCAACAAGCUGCAUGCAGAACCAUUUGGAGGGUGUGCAAAGAUAGGUGUUCGCUGGAUGCUCUCAAAGACUCAUCUGAAGCACUCUGAAUUGAAACAAUUUGCAAGUCAGCUGCAAUUCCUUAACGGAGACCCUUGCCUUUAGUGGUGGCUGGGGGAAUGGGACAAGCACAGUCACACAGCGACAGCUUUUUGAAGGCAUCAAAGCAGUUCACGCCUCAAGAGCUUGACAACCUCAGAAGCAAGUUCAGAUCCAUAGCACACAAGUCAAGAUCGUCAGAGGACCUAUGCAUAUUCGCCUCUGCUUUUCAGGCGCACUAUGAGAUCCACGGGGUGCUGGGUGCUCGACUAUACCACCUUCUGAGCAAGAAGAGAGGCGACGGAUGCGUGUCCUUUGAGGACUUUGUUGAAGCUAAGGCAAUUGCAAGGAAGGGAUCGCCAGAGGAGAAGGAGGCCCUGGCUUACAGCUUACUAGACGUUGAAGACGAUGGUUGCGUCAGAAAGUCUGAUCUUGAGGCGGUCGUCACGUCCUGUGUCAAGACCGUCCUCGGGCAGGGUCCAGACCAAGCGGCUGACGAGGCCACAGUCGCAGCGAUUGUGCGCAGCGCUGAGUUCUCCGAGAGAAAGCAGGAGCCGUGCAUGAGCUUGGAGGACUUUCGAAGAUGGAGCAGGGGGGUGCCGGCAGUACGCAGGGUCCUUGAGAGUUUAAUGGCCGACCCUGAAGCAGGCGGCCAAAAAUGGGCGGUGCCCGAUCUAGUUGUUCCGGGUGACGCCACGUGUCCCGUUCUGCUGACGCGCGAGCACGCCUGGCUCCUGGGCGGGGCGCUGACGCCCGAGGAGCUGGUGACGUGGCGGCUCGCGUACAGCAGCAAGGCCCACGGGCUGAGCUUCAGCACGUUCGUCGGGAAGAUGGCGAGUGUACAGGGCCCCUCGGUCCUUGUAGUGAGGGACGCGAGUGGCGCACUUUUCGGCGGAUUCGCUUCUCAACCGUGGGAGCGCCGCAGCGAUUACUACGGCGAUAUGCACAGCUUCCUCUUCACGCUGCUGCCGCAGGCGGCCAUCUUCAGGCCUUCGGGAGCCAACCGCAACCUACAGUGGUGCGCGAUUAACUACCAGUCCGAUUCCCUUCCCAACGGCUGCGGCUUCGGCGGACAGGUGCACCACUUCGGACUAUUUCUGGACGCUAGCUUCGACAGCGGCGAGUCACGCCCGUGCGUCACGUUCAACAGCCCUUCUUUGUCAUCCAGCCCGCGUUUCACCCCCGACCACAUUGAGUGCUGGGCUGUAGAGAUCUUGAGAUCGACCAACGCUGGCGAUCAAGUUGCUUUAAAAGGAACAGUCUUGGAAAGGUUCAAGGAAGAUCGGGCUGUGCUUAACAUGAUGGGCAUCGCCGAUCACGCCUCUGCAACUGGUGAAGGAUGAUAGAGCUGGAUCAUGCGAGACUUAUCCGGCCCUAAAGAACAUGUUGAUAAUCUGUUUUUUGUCAAACGAGAUUGUCCACCCAUGUGCUAGGAACAAGAUCUCAGUCGUACACUAGCAUGGUCCGUUCGUGGAAAGUAAUGAGAUGCAUGGUUACAAUGCUGUGCAGUGUCUACUUUUCUAUGGUUCAAAUAAAGGUUCAUGCGAUCUUGAUCGACAAUUCAUACGUCCGCCUGCAAUCAAUCAGGGUCGAGAAUGAUCACGGAACUGUCGUACUCCACUGUCGCGAUCCUAACCGAGGAUCUCUUGCUAAACCCAGCUACGCCAGGCACCCAGAUGCAUGUCAACGCAAUACAGCCACCGACGCCGCGUAUCCUUGCUCCUCCGGCGUCAGCUGGCUCCCCACCAGCCAUCCCCGACACUUGUCUGCUACGGGCCCUCCCGUCUCUUUCGCCCUGGCCGGUUGGCUCUGCCCCACCGGUCUCCCGACCCCAUUCUGUCCCGGCCGGAUUUGCUCCGGCACCCCAUCUACUCCUUUCCCGUCCUCGGCCGCCCGCAGCCCUUCUCCCUUU